CACCAGCAAUAUAUAUAUAAAUACCCCAAACCAAUCUUAUCAUUGCUUUGUGGAGAGAUAUAAGAUGAACAUCAUUUGGUAGUGAUUGAUCAUAAACUUUAAACAAAAAAAAAAAAAAAAAAUCAUACAAACAUCAUUUUCUCACAAAUUAAAUAUCCAUUAGAUCCCCCUCUUCCAUAUUCUUUCUUUCUCUACAAGUAUAUAUUGAAAUAUAUAUCAUACUUGUAGAGCUUACCGCUUUGAUAAAGCAUAUACUUCCAUUUUCGUACGCUUUCGCUUUCUAUUUUCUCUCUUCGUUUUUCGCUAUCACCAUCUUUUAAGAAGAGGUUCUGUACAUAUACUUGUAUUACGCAUCUUCCGACACAAGUUUUCUUCGGUGCAAAGGAUCAAUAUAUCAUCGUCAGUCAAAGGAAUGAAAAUUUGGUUAUCGACGAGCUGCAAGCAAGUUGCGGUGGAGCCGCCGCUGGUAAACUUUCAAGGCACAAACAAUAACACACUGAAUUUGGAACCAUUUUUCCGGCGAAAAGACAAAGUGGUAUUUGUAAUGGGAGCUACCGGCACCGGAAAAUCACGUUUGGCAAUUGAUUUAGCCACUCGUUUCCCAGCUGAGAUUAUAAACUCCGACAAAAUCCAAGUCUACAAAGGACUCAAAGUUCUCACCAAUAAAGUCACUGAAAAAGAAUGUCGUGGUGUCCCACAUCACCUCCUUGGAAUCGCCGAUCCCAAUUCAAACUUCACUGUCGCCGACUUCCGCCGCCAUGCCUCAUCGGCGAUCAACUCCAUUAUUGUAGGAAAACGUCGGCUCCCUAUUCUGGCUGGCGGCUCCAACUCCUUCAUCGAAUCACUUGUAGAGGAGGAGCCUGAGUUUCGUUACCGUUAUGAUUGUUGCUUCUUAUGGGUGGACGUUUCAUUACCGAUCCUCAACUCCUUCGUGUCGGAACGUGUUGAUCGAAUGUUGGAAAAUGGAUUAGUUAAUGAGGUACGGAAUUUAUUUGAUCCUAAUGGAUUAGGAAAUGAUUAUGGACGUGGAAUUCGACGCGCCAUUGGAGUGCCGGAACUCGAUGCAUUUCUACGUGCUGAGAUGGAUUCUACCACGGAUGAUAAAGCUCGAUCUCGAAUCCUUAAGGCGGCUAUUUUGAAAAUAAAAGAAAAUACAAUAAAAUUGGCAUGUCGUCAACAGCAAAAGAUUCACCGCCUCCAAAACAAAUGGCGGGGAUGGAAUAAUUUCCAUCGUAUCGACGCUACCGAAGUGUUCCUACAACUCGACAACGGAGAAGACUAUUCGUCUGAUAAUGCUUGGGAGACACUUGUGGUAGAGCCAAGCUUUAUGAUCAUUGACCAAUUUCUCUCUAAAAAUAGUUUCAAACUUACGAAAAAAGUGUUCAACGCAGUUUUUUGAAUAAUUCUUUUUCAGCUUUUAAGAGUUCAUCACUCGUCCAAAUGAUGGCACGUGACAACAACAUGAAAGAACAUCUUUCACUAUUGUGUAUGGGAGGAGAUACACUCAUCUUUAUGCAUUUUGAUUUAAUUAUACAAAUAAGAAGUGUUUGUCAUGUACAAACUAUGCGAUUGGAUUGGAUAGCGUUAGAUAAGUUACAUGAGAAUGAUGGUUUCUUCUUUUUUUUUAAAGUGUUUAGAUUAGUUUUAUUGUAAAAGUUAAAUAAAUUAAAAGAUAGGGUUAUUGAGUUUAUAGGUGGAAUCUGCACGUGCGGCUACUUAUCUAUAGUUUCUUUUCCCACGUGUGUGGAGCUGCUUUGGUGUAGUUGUAUUUGUAUUGUAAUUUUUGUUUUUAAAGUUGGAGAUGUCCACGUGUCUUGAUGGAUAUGGAUGAUUGGAAUAAUAUGAAAAGGAGAUUUACUAA